AUGGCCACAACACAAGAGCCUUUUCGUGUUCAAAGCGCCUCUGAGUGGGCUCAAAAAAACGGCAUCACGACAUGGACAAAGUUUCAUUAUGAUUCUAAACCUGAGCAGUCAAUCUUCACACCACUUAACCCAUGGGGCCCAGAUUCGAUCCGCCAAACUUAUUUCGGUCCCAUCAUUGAGUUCGAUCAACAGUAUUUUCUCGCCGUUGGUUGGCAGACAGAGAAGGAAUGGGAGAAGUUCAAAUUGUCCCCCGAGCAUCAGCAGUUAAUGGCCAAUCUGACAACCAACAACGUGCAGCCGGAGACCAAGAUCAUUAUAUUUACCGGCAACAUAUUCGCUAUUGGAUACACUUCUAACGUCGAGAUUUUCACUAAACCACCAAUGUUUGGAUGGAUAGAUGGCCAAACAGACUGGAAUGGAGAAAGUGCUAUCGCAAGUGUUUGGAGUCACAAGUGGCAGAGCCAGGCACUAGAACAAAAGUACAAAACGACUGAGAAGAGGCUUGUUUGGGGAGUCGAUGGACGUUCUUAUCCGAUGGCCGUAGAUGCAUUUCAGAAUGACUUGAAGUCUCUGGGUGCUAUUGGAUUGGAGUCAGUUCAUGUGGCUUUCGAGCGUGUUCGAGUUGUGGAGGAUGCUAUAGGGCGUGGUUCAAGGCUCAGAGUAGAAGCCAUGCUUGAGAAGAGGGCUACUUAG